UGCUGGUGUCAGCGUUCCCCGGGCCCCAGGGCUCAGAGCAGCAUUCAUACCCUGGCCCACAGUUCCUUGUGCGUGCCACACCCACGUUUUAGGAUGGCCACGGGCCGGGACGCGUCCCAAGGAGGCCGUGGCAGCUUCCAUGGAAGGUUUCGUGCCCUUCCCAGCGCAGCUGCGUCGGCAACCCUAGGGGCUCCUUCUGCUGCCCGGAGCCUGCAGAGCAGGGCAGCGUUUGCUGAUGGUCUGAGCCAUUCCUAAAGAUCCUGUUGGGCUGUCUCAGACACUUGGGGCCAGAGAUUCCUUCCAACCUGGGCCACUUUGGCUGGGCAGGGCGUGGCCCCAGGGCAGGUGGCAGUGUGUGCAAGGCCCCUUUGUGACAUGGUGCAGCAUGGUCACUAUGGCAUAGAACGGGACAGGAUGGCCUUUGUGACACGUGCUGACAUAGGAGCUGGCACUAACCAGAGCAUGCCACUCUGCUCAGAGCAGGCGACUGGACAGGACGGGACAGAGCAGUGCCGUGAGGAGCCCCUGCACAGCGCGCUCGUUCGUGCCUGACCCGGAGCUUUUCUGAGGCUUUACUCCUACAGGUGACCUCGUGGCAAGACCACAGGACUUGGCAGCCCGUGGCCUUCCCGAGGCUUCUCUUUUGUAGGUGCCCUUGAGGACUUGUUCACUUGGAGCUUUCCCAAGCCAUCUCUCUUUCAGGUGCCCUUGAUACCAGACUCUGGCAUGGUGGACAGACUUCUCGGCUUGUUCAGAGUGUUCAGGGGGAAAAAAAAGAAAGGCCCUGAAGCUGCUUCACCACAACAGCAUGAAAACCUGGAGCAGUUCCAGCCACCGGAGGACGAUGCAGCCCUGGACCACACAGAAGAGAAGGAACCCGCCCAUGGAUGCUUCCGCAAAACCCUGAAGACGUUCUGGAAGUUCCCGCGCAUUCGACGCAGGAAGACCGGCAGCGCAGCAGCUGAGGGCCCGGCCAAGCCUGAGUCGGGGCUGACCAAGCUCCAGGCUGAGCCUGAUGUCAGCCCAGAUUCGCCUGAGCGCUCAGAGAACUGUGACACCUCAGUGACUGAAACCCGGACGAAGAUUCUUCUCACGUCAAUGACUGAGGAUGUGGCAAUCACAAACACUAACAAUGAAGGGACUCAGGGCAUCACAAAUACCAACAACAGCCCAGAUCCAGCGGAACCUUCAGAAGACUCUGAGGUUGCAAGGAAUGACCAGAGGGCAAAGGCUGACAUGGCAGUGACUGAGGAUGUGGACAUCACAAACGCCAAAACCAGAGACACUCAGGGCAUCGCAAAUACUGACACCAUGCCCUCUCCCACUCUGAGUCAGGAACUCAUAUUCGACUAUUUCAAGGACCCUCGUGUUUCUUCUCAGCAACCGCAGGUGCCAGCCAAGGUGAAGAACAUCCACCAGCGUCUCAUGUCCCAAGUCACUGUGGAUUUCUGGCUGCAGACUGACAUUUUGAGGCUGGCUGAAGAACACCCUGCUGACGUGGUGCUGACCCUCCUGCGCUGUGCCCCAACGUGUGACAGAGCCGCUGCAAUGAUAUGGAGAACCAUAGGCUCGUCGAGUCCCACAGUGGAAAAGGUGCUGCCAGUGCUGCUCUGCGUGAUGGAGAACUGGCCUCUGCACAGCAUGUGCACCUCUGAUGGGGACAACAAGGAUGCCUUUGCCCUGGCUGCAACUCUGGGUCUCUGGGUGAUUCUCCAGGUGCCUGAGUGCCAGGAGGCAAUGAACCUUUAUUCCUCCCGCCUGUUUGUGGCUCUGCUCUUCCAUCUUGUCAUCACCACACAGCAGAUAACACCAGUGGAAGUUGCUACAUUCUGGAGAGCAUGCUGGGAGGAACACCACCUUCACUGCAAGCCCAACAGGUUUGCAGUGCAGGCCAUGAAGGCUCUGCUCUGCCGACUGCAGUGGGACCAUGUGGUGCUGGCUAUGGAGCGCAAGCGUGGCUGGGACAUGCUGCUGUGUGCUGACACCCAGCACUAUGCUGUGGGUCUGCUGGCCAGGGAGUUGUGCCACGUCUUGGACCACUUCUGUUCCAGCAUUGCAUUACGCCUGCUCUGGCCACACAGCAGGAAAGAGCCAUGCUGGGAUGUGCCCUUCCUGGCAUUCCUGGUGGAGGCCCUCGAGUGCCUGGACUUGAGUAAAUGUCGUGGCAGCACUCUGAAGACCAUGGCAAGGUACCUCUGGAGUGAAUGCUGUCUUAGGCAUCACCUGGCGCUCCGAGGCCUCACAGUGCUCACCAAGGAUCCUUGGAUGGCCAGAAGAAUUUACCCGCUGUCUCAAAGGCUUCUGGAGCUGCUGGGGGCUCCAGGUACAGAGGUGGUCAGCAUGAGCCUCCGUGUGUUCAUGAAUGUGCUCCAGCACCAAAACAUCCUGGUAUCCAGCACCACUGCCCCAAAGCUGACUGAGACACUCCUGCUGCUCUUUGACCACGACAACAGCCAUGUGCGCUUGCUCUCCAUUCAACUCUUCUGUAAGGUGAUGGAAUUGGUAGUGGAUGAGGGAAAAAAGCCCCUGAAGACAACUGUGAACAAGAGCCUGUUGGCACUUUUUAUCUACUGUCAUGAUGAGAACUGGCAGGUGGCAAAGGCUUCUUGGGAAACCCUGCUUGGUGCGGCCGAGUUUUUGAAGAGGAGUGAUCUCAAACUGCAGCUGAAGAAGGAGCAGCUGUCAAAGUUUGCCGAGUGCCUGCUGGCAGAGGACAGCAGCAGCGCGGCCGAGCACCUGCGCCGGGCCCUGCCCUACCUGCAGAGCCCACAGGAGCCCCUGCGAGAGGCGGCCGUCAGGUUCAUGGGGAUGGCCGGGCACUACCUGAAGGGACAGCCAGCCGAGCUUCACGUUCUCACUCAGGUCCUUGAAGCCAUGAGUGAAGAUGACAACCCAUCCUCCACUAACCUGCAAAUUCAGGCAAUUUUUGGACAAAGAUGUGCAGAACUAAGGUCAUCUGCUGGAUUCAGAGAACCAGGGUCCCAAGCAGAGUACCAGAAGACAGUGAAGAGAGCACCAGGAUUCAAUGUCACUGGAGCUCCAGGCACACCGGAUGCUGGCCACAGCUGUGCCUGCUGCAAGCUCCAAUAGCUGCUGCCUUCCCCCUCCCUGUUGACAGCUCCCUCCCCAUUCCCUGUUGACAGCUCCCUC